UCCUGGAGAUUCAUUACUUCUGGUUACUACUACUUCUACUCACUCUUCCUAUCCUCCCAAAUUACAUCAUCUGCGUCGCAACGAGAUGGCUGGUGUAAAGAGCGUCGCUUUAAUUGUGAUCGUAGUAGGCCUGGCAUGCAGGACUUCCCUUUCCUCUCCCCAAUACCCACCACCACCGCAUUAUGCCCCAGCCCCUCACUACAAGGAGCCUGCACGCCCCUACAGCUACGCCUACUCCGUCGAUGAUGACUACAAGAACUUGCAUUUCAGCGCUGACGAAACUUCAGACGGAAAUGCUGUCAAGGGAUCCUAUCAAGUGGCCCUUCCCGACGGCAGGACCCAGAACGUCGACUACUCAGCCGACCACUACAAGGGCUUCGUCGCCGACGUCAGCUACAAGGGCGUCGCCUCUUACCCACCCCCCGCCCCUUACCAUCCUCUCCCCUACAAGCCAGUGUACCCAGUCCCCUACCACCCAGCUCCUUACAAGCCAGCUCCCCCUCCUUAUCACUGAGUGAGUGAAGACUGUCCCGCUGGUCACCAACCCUCCAAGCUGCCAUUGUCAUCAACGCCAUUUGGCAUAAAUCCCAUCCAUGAUGAUUUAUGUCAAAAGGUCGUCUGUUUCGCAUUAUCAUCUCACUCACUUCGCUUCAUGAUGUCAGAGCUGGUUUUCUGUGACUUGUUUUUUUAGGUUUUGUUUCUAGAGUUAGUCUACAGCCGCUAGGCUUUAAAAUAUGUUGACUAAUUUUACGUGCCCACUUUUCAUAAGGAAAUCCCAAACUGAUUUUCUCAACUUUCAUUGGAUAACCUCAACCGAAAUUUUUGUAGUAGAACUCAUGAUUUUAAUCUGACGCUUCAUAAGAAAAACUAGAUACUUCAUCUCUGCAUUUAUGUAAAGUUCCAAAAUUACUUACCUUUCAAUACUAUUUGUUUGGGAUUUCAACUGCCAACAGCGUUCAAGUUUAGAGAUACAUAACCUUGUGAACCCUUCUGCUAUGCUACAGUUCCAAACCCUAGUUUUCAAAAAUACCUGUUCACAAAUCCUUUACCACAACUCUUAUCAAUUUAAAGAUAAAAAUCUAUUUGAAUUUUUCUCCGCUGAUCUGUUAAAGGAAAUUCGCUAUCAUAACAAAUGAAAGAAAGCCUGAAUAAUGCCUUCCCUUUAAGCCUCCACGCCACAAGUCCCUAAAGAAUGACCUGUGGUCAGUAUCGAAACCCUUCCGUUGGAAGCUGUUGGUAAACUCUGUAUGCCUUGAUCUCCCGUUGAAGUUGUUGCUUUUUUUUCUGAAUCUUUUUAAUAAAUACUCGCAUAGAUAA